AAAACGGACAACACUGUUUCAUCAAAUGAACUUUCUGAACUUUCAAAGGCUAAAAGCUUUUCAAGUUUUCAUAAAAUGCUUUACAUCUUUUCUAGCUUUCUAAGCUUGGAGUUUUGAUUUUGAAAUUGAAGAUGUUUGUUUACAGUUCGAAAUUUUAAGCACGAGAGCUGAAUUUGCUUAAAUGUUUAUACUCACUUAUCCUCAUAUCGACUUUAUUAUUGUGUAAAUAUCAUGUCGGACAUUUCUGAAAACUUAUCUCUACCUCCGGGAUGGGAUGCGAAGUAUGAUUUUAAAACCGGCAAAAGGUACUACAUCAACCAUUUCACCAAACACACCAGUCUAGAAGAUCCGAGAAUCAAGUAUAAAAAAUUACAAGCUGGGGAAUCACUCGCUUUUUCGAGUCAUCAGAGCUCCCCGAUUAGAAGUUUUUCUCCUCAGCCUUUCUAUCAUGUUCAUCAAGAUGCAAAUUUUAGCAGCGGUCGUCCCAGUCCUAUAAUGGGCCGUUCGUAUAGUCCAUUAAUGGGCUCAAAUGCGAUUCAUUACUUAGCUCAAAAACCGCACGAAUAUCCUACACUGGAAACUUCGGUAGCCAAAAUUAAAGCAUUAUUUCCAACAGUCGGUGAAACGCAUAUUAAAGCUCUAUUACACAAAUAUCAUUAUCGAGAAGCUGUGGUGGUGAGCGCAUUGCAAGUGGAAAAACAUCCUCUUACCACUCCUGGACCCUAUUCAUCUCCUUUGUCAGCUGCACGCCAUGUAAUCGCUCAGAUUACGCCGUCGGCUCCAGGAAGCCCUGGACGAUUCUCAUUUUCGUCAGCUUUUCGUAAUCUCUCACCUAGAAGAACUCCUCAUUCUUCUCCCAAAAUGAAACUGAGGUAUCUCAAAGGCAUGUUUCCUGUCGUGGAUGAAACUGUGCUGCUCGAUACGUUGUGUAGUUCUGAGAAUAAUGUUCAUAAAGCAUCCGAAACGCUGAUGACGAUGGGAUUUUUGAAAAAAGAUAGUAUACCACUCAAGCAGAGCAUCAAGAAAAAUGAAGAAGAAUCGUAUUCUAGUGAGAAAGAUUUGAAAAAUGACAGCAUUUUCAUUUCGUUGCACGAUUCGACUCCAAAAUUCAGAACCCUAGAAGAGAAAGCCAUCAUCAAGAAGAAGCUGGAGGAAAAAUUUCCUAAAAUCGCUGAACGAAUUAUCAUCUUAGCUCUAGAGACGGCUGAUUACGACGAAGACCGCGCCGAACAAUUUUUAAAUGCGACGUCCGAAGAAAAAAAGUCAUUGAAUGAAAAUUGUGAUUUAAUUAUAAAAGAGGGAGAAAAACAAAUAACAGAUGAUACUGAUGGCAGUAAAAUUGAAGAUAAGUCGUUCAGAGACAGUGGUAUAUGGGAAAAGGUUUCCCCUGAUUCGUUGGGAGAUAAAACUACCGCUACACCGGGUUCCAUCGAACGAACCGAGCCAUUGCUGACAAGCGAUGAUAAUGGUUCACAAAAUCGACCAGAAACUCUAUCCAAAUUGCUUCCUACGCCGAAAACUCCUACUGUAACGAGUACUCCGACACAGAAUUAUUUUGCCAAAAGUAAGACGGGGAUCAAACUUUGCGCUAAAAUACUGCCCAAAGGGCCGAAUAAAUCUUUAUUGGGAUCUCGUUGUAUCGCCAAAGGUCCUAAUCCGAAUUUAUCCAAUGGGCCGAAAGUUUCGACGAAAAAAAACUACAAAACUGCCGAAUCUCAACCUUCCACUAAGGACAUUUCUGACGGACAAUGUGCAAUAUUUUAAGUGUUAUCGAAUUCAAUUAUUUUACUUUGUAGACGGUUUUUUAUUUUUUAUUCUAGUCAUUUAAGAAUUUGAGACUUUUCCGAUCGAUGCUCUUCUAAUUUAGAAUUAUUGUGUUCACAUUAGGUGUUUUCAUUUUGUUAAUUCCUGAACGUUAGUUUCGUUUGCGAGUAUCGAAAAUGCAUGUGAUUCAUCAAUUGUUCAUAAAUUUUAACGUAAUCUACGUUUGAAAUAAGAUAAUUAAUACUUAAGUUUAGAAUUUCUAUUCAGAUGGUAUUAGCGAAACACAAUUACAUAAUUCACGAACUAUUU